CUCCUCUUCUCGUCGACAUAGCGGACCUGCGCUUGGCCAGACAUCUGCAUAGGGAGCCUCCGUCACUGCGAGUAUGAAAUAUGGAGUCUCCUCCUGCUUCUGGCCGUGGUAGACGGGCCAGUAACGCAUGCGAACGGUGUCGUCGGCGCAAGAUUCGGUGUACGGGGUCGCAUCCAUGCACCAACUGCUCUCGCAAGAACCUAAGUUGCCACUUUGACGGCCAGGGGAGGAAGGUUGUCGUCUCACAGAAGAGCUCCAGAGAGCAGCGGCUCGCUCAAGUCACUCGGAUGAUCGUGCUAGAGUCACAUCCAAAGCUCCUGCAGCGGCGAUAUCAUUCACCUCCGGCCAUGAUGAUGACGCCGCACUAAACCAGCUACCUGGAUUCACCCCAGUCUCACAACCAACACCAGAGUCUGCCACUGAACCAUCAAACCCCCUAGCUUCGGCAAA